CAUAUCUGACACCAGUGGAGCAGAGGGAAAACUCACACUUGCACAUAUUUGUGUUGCUGGAAGCUGAGAAUAUGCCAAGGACUUCCUGAACACUUCAACUGCUCUGACUUCACAAGUUCAUUGCCGAAUCAAGUGUUUGCUAAACCUCUGGGCAACUUAAAAUGAAGCAAUAUUCAACCUUGCAAGGAUUAAAAGCAAUAAGAGGGUAUGAGAAGCAGAGGAACAUUCUACAGACAGACAACACUCAAACCCAAGAGAAAAUCUGACCUGGUCCCCAUCAAGGUCUUCUGUCUCUGCAGUGAUGAAGGACCGCAUGGAGGAGCUGCGUCAGCGGAUGAAGGCCAGCGAGAAGGUGCUGGACAACAACCCCUUCAGUGAGGAGGAGGAGGACAUGGACCCGUCCUCGCUGAUAGGCCUGCAGGCCGUGAUCUUCGAGGCAGAGCCCGUCCAGGACAGCUUCCUGAAGGAGGCUCAGAGCAUUCACAACAGCAUCGAGGAGCUCAACUCUGAAGUCCGUAAGUUCGGUCAGCAGCAGAGAAACUUUAUGGCCACUAUCAGGCGAUUCAGCACCAUGAAAAAGGAGAGCAGCGUGACGCGAGACAUCAAGUUGAUGGCUGAGAGCCUGCAUAAAAGAUUAAAUGCGCUUUCCAAGAAGGCUAAGCAAACCGAGGCCGAGCUAGGCCCGGACGUGGCCACGUCCCGUAUCCAGAAGGCCCAGCACGCAGCCCUCUUUCACCAGUUCCAGCAGGUAAUGCGCCAACACAAUGACGCGAUCCUAAACAAGCAGCACAAAUGCAAGCAGUUCAUCAUCCGGCAGUUGGAGGUAUCGGGCCGCGAGGUGUCCGAAGACGAGGUGGACGACAUGAUCGAGCAGGGCAAGUGGGAGAUCUUCAAUGAGAACAUCAUAGUGGAUGCAAAGAUCACCCGAACGCAGCUCUCAGAGAUCGAGCAGCGCCACAAAGAGCUCCUGAACCUGGAGAGCAACAUGAAGGACCUGCGAGAUCUCUUUCUGGAAGUGUUCAUGCUGGUGGAAGAGCAAGGCCAUCAGAUCGAGAACAUACAAGCCAAUGUGGAGAAGACGCAAGACUAUGUAGCGGUCACGAAGGAGAAGUUCAAAACGGCGGCGAGAUACAAGAAGAAGAACCCUCUCAGAAGACUGUGCUGUUGUUGCUGUCCUUGGUUCAGAUAGCAGGGCAAGGCUGGCAGAAUGAACUAUGGGAACGUUUCUCAUUUGCUGUUCUCUCAAGGGCCGAGCACACUAACUGCAGACACUGACCUCUGUCUGAUGAUGAUAAAAACCAAGGGCACAAAGCACUUUUGGACAAUAUUAAAACAGGAAGGCUUCAUAGCAAUGGAGACAGUUGGGUGUUGACAUGGAAUAUGAAUGCUUAUAUAAAGAUUUCACAAAAGGUUA